CUGAGCUCCGCAGGCCCCGACCGAGAAGAGACCCAAAAGAACCGAGAAAAGCCCCCGAACCACCCCCGGGACAUACGCCGCGGGCCCCGGGAGUCACACGGCCUGUCCCCCCGCGGAGCAACCGGGCCAGAGCGGGACCAUCCGGGACAGAUCCGGGACAGAUCCGCGCGGAGAGGCUCAUGCGGCGCUGGAAACUUUUCGGACUGUGAAGAUGAAGAACAGUAUUUCCCACUCCCCGCCCUCUGUGGCAGUUGGGACCGGGUGAGGAUCAGCGGAGAGAAAAGAGAGAGAGAAGAGGUAGAAGAGAGAAAGGGACUGAACUUUAGGAGAGAGAUAGUGGAUGGUGGACGGGGGGGCGGAGCUCUGAGCCACAGCGCCUCCCAGUGACAGGCCUGGACGGCGCGGCGAGACUCACUCGUGCUGAUGGCUGCGGCGCUCUGAGGCUGCCAUGGCAGCUGCUGCCGCCGAUGCACCAAAACGUUUCACCGCACUGAAAACGGAGGAAGAGGGACGAAGCAGGCUGUACGGGACCGGCCCAGCUCAAACACGGACCGAACGAGAGCGAGAGAGGGGGAUAGAGAGGGAGAGAGAGAGGGGGAUAGAGAGAGAGAGGGAGAGAGAGAAGGAGAGAGAGAGGGAGAGAGAGAAGAGGGACGGAGGAGGAGAGGUGGGGAGAGCGAGCGAGUGCUUGGUGUGCGGGGCUUUGUUUUCUUCUCAGGACAAACUUCGGCUUCACGCUCUGAGCCACAGCGGUGAUAAACCGUUCCAUUGCUCACAGCCCCUCUGCCCCAAGGCCUUCAGCUCCAAGUACAAGCUCUUCAGGCAUAUGGCCACACACUCCCCACAGAAGUCCCAUCAGUGCACGUUCUGUGAGAAGAUGUUCCACCGUAAAGACCACCUGAAGAACCACCUGCAGACCCAUGAUCCAAACAAAGAGGCCUUUAAGUGUGAGGAGUGUGGAAAGCACUACAACACCAAGCUGGGCUACAAGCGGCACGUGGCCAUGCACUCGGCCACCUCUGGAGAUCUGACGUGUAAAGUGUGUCUCCAGAGCUACGAAAGCACGCCCGUGCUGUUGGAGCAUCUCAAGAGCCACUCGGGGAAGUCCUCCGGAGGAACCAAGGAGAAGAAGCACCCAUGUGACCACUGCGACCGCCGCUUUUACACGCGCAAGGACGUGCGCCGCCACAUGGUGGUGCACACAGGCCGCAAGGACUUUCUGUGUCAGUAUUGCGCCCAGCGGUUCGGCCGCAAAGACCACCUGACCCGACACGUGAAGAAGAGCCACUCUCAGGAGCUGCUAAAGAUCAAGAGUGAACCGCCGGACAUGCUAGGCCUGCUGGCCUCAGCGUCGCCCCCUUGUGCCGUGAAGGAGGAGCUCAGCCCCAUGAUGUGCGCCAUGGGCCCGAACAAAGACCCUCUGAUGGGGAAGCCCUUCCCCAGCACCGCACCCUUCUCUAUGGGCAUGUAUAACCCCCACCUCCAGGCCAUGUCCGGGCCUGCUGUGGCCCACCCCCCCCUCAUGUCCAUGGGCAUGGGCUGCCAUGAGACAGGGCCCCUGCACCCACACUCCCACCACCACCAUCACCAUCAUCACCAUCAUCACCACCACCACUCCCCCCCGGGACCCCCUCACCACCAGCCCCAACCUCCCCAGCCCCCCGCGCCCAAGUACCCUCUGGGAUCUACCUCAUACCUGCUGGACAAGCCGCUAAAGGUGGAGAUGGAGAGCUUCCUGAUGGAUCUGCAGAGCGGGCUGGGCCCCCUGCCGGAGCCUCACGCUGCUGCGGAGCCCCCGAAGGAGGAGGCGUCGUCUGGGAUGAGCGAGGAGCUCGACCCCCUCCUGUCCAAGAGCCCUGCGGUCAUUGCAGAGUCUCUGUGUGCUGCUAACAUGGACUUCUCCCACCUGCUGGGCUUCCUGCCUCUCAACCUGCCUCCCUACAGUGCCCCCAUGAGCUCGGGUGGGCUGGUGAUGGGCUACACCACCGGCCCCUCCUCUUCCUCGUCCUCUUCCUCGUCUCUGCACGCGGCAGACCCUCACGCCGCUGUUACCUCUGUGCAACCGCAACCUCAGGAGCCCAGCGCACUCACACUGCCCCCGGUGUUUAGCUCCGGGAUCAGCUCCACCACUCUGCCGCGCUUCCACCAGGCCUUCCAGUGACAGCUCAGCCUAACAACACGCGCACAGAACAAGAGCAAAGAGAGAGGCUUGGCUUUGUCUAUCCUACAAAUAUAAUGAGUAUAACGACAUAUUAACCCUUUAUUACCUCCUGUUUACCCCGCAUUAUUUAGUCUCAUAGAGCAGCAUCAGUAGGCCUAAAGGCGUGGUACUGCGAACCUUCUAAAGUAAUAAUAUAACAAAAAAAAUCAAAGAUAAUUUUAGUGCAGAUUAUCGUUUUGUUGUGGCCCAGAAAAUAUAGUUUGAAGUGGAUAUUUUGUUAAAUUUUUUUUUCCUUUUCCAAAUGUAAAAAUAUGCUAGAACGUGCCUCAUCCUAUGUUCUCUAAAACUAAGAUUAGGGAACAGGUGCAGAUUGCGUUUUAAUCCUCUCAGUGGCUAAAGGCUAACGCUAGCACAGCCACCGCCUUUAAGAAGUGCUCUUCAAAACAAACCCAAAAAUGUCCCUGAUUUUGUUGCCACUUUUUGCUCAUAGAGUGAAUCUGGCGCCCCCUAAAGUCACAAUGUAAGCCGCGGCAUUUGUCCACAGGUCCAACGAUUUAAAAUGUUCAUGCUGGUUUUUUACUUUUCCUUAAGAGAAGCACUUUUUUAGCUAAGGCACUUCACCUUUUAGUACUUUCUUUAGUAAAACCUGCUCUCAUUGGUAGUUUUCAGAGGCUGUCAUGCAAUCUUCACUGGAUGGUACGUUUCCAUGGCAACACUGGAGGCACGGCUCUGUCUGAAGCGCUGUUAAACCAGAUGCCCACACACUGCACGAUUUUGUCAGAAAUGAAAGAUUACUGACCUUGGGUCGUAGCUCAAAACGCCUGGCCAGUCCAGACUGCUGUUUGUCUGUAUUUUUACACAGAGGGACAUCAGUCUGGUCACCACACAUCGAUCGUCCAAUCAGAUUAGUUUAUAUCAGUGAUGCAUGUGAAACAUAAGGAGCUCAUUAGUCACCUAUCAUUUCCUUGUAAGCAGACAUAUUUGUUUUGAUACGGAUCAACAUGCUUGUCCUUGAUUGGCUAAUCCAUCUGUCAAUCACACCCAUCUAAACUCGGGGAGAUUCACCGGUGACCAGACUCACAUCUUCAGAAAGUAUAGAAGAAGUGGUGUGUAUUCUGGAUCCAAAAACGUGAAACAGUGAAACAAGGACGAAUAUUAGAUUAAAAACCCUAAAAACUGUCUAUAUCUCAAACUUUGUCUCACUGCGUCUAUAAACAAACUUUCAAACUGCAUAACCACAGCUCCUCUUUGUUUAAUUCCAAUGUAUCAUCCACAAACCAGGAACUUUAUCUUAGUUCAAUUAGCUUGCUUGUAGCACUGAAGACCAAACUCCGCUCUGGCCUCUGAAACUUGAAAAGCACUUAUAAACUCAUCACUGUGAAUAAUUUGAAUGUUCAUAAUGCAUUAGUUACAGGUGUGAACCGCUGUAAACUGUCAAAAUUAACUGGGUUUCAUGUUUUUAAAAUUCAGAAAAAUCUCCAUUGGUUUAGGCUAACUUUUUCUUGAGUUAUUUGACCGUCUAAAAUCGUAUGAGGUAAUGUUUCCUAAUGUGUGUCACCAUGGUAACCGUGCCAUCCAUCGCAAUGCAAAAUGACAUCACCGAAAGCUAUCAGUAUUUUCGUUUAAUGAGUUUUGUUUGUUUUUUUUCCCUCUCAGGCCAUGAAUGGGUCUGAUCUAGAGACACAUUAGCUCCUCUCAAACUUGGCAAGAAUCUUUUUAUCGCAGCUGUUUUUUGCCGCUGCUCCGAUACUGUAAAUCUUCAUUAAACUCCAUAAAACUUAAAAAUGUUCAAAUAUAGAGCGCUCUGGUCAUGCUAAACCCUGACAGAUGUGAAACUCGAAACAAACGAGCAAUAGUUGUGCUAAAGAAUGUUAUUGCAGUGUACGAACUAUCUCAAAAUGACUAUAUUUGCUUUUAUCUCAGUAAAAAGUGUAUUUUUUAGGUAUAGGUGAUAUUUUUGAUGUAUAGCAGGUUUACAUUUGUACCUUGCUUUUUUUUCAAAUGAUGGAUGAAGUAUUAUUAGCUUUUUGUGUCAUAUCCAGUCUUUGUACCUUCUUAUGUUAGCUUAGCAGAAUCAAAACUGUGGAUGGGAAAGCGAUAUAGGGCUGUUAGCGGCUAAUAAUCAGUUAGCAUGUGAGCUAGGAGAGUUAGCGUCAUAGGAAAAAGGAUAGCGAGUGUAUCCUAUUGGACUUUUUAUGGACUUUUUUUGAACUUGUCACCAGCAGCCUUUUCGAUACCUGAGCCCAAAGCUAACCGAAACCUCAACUAACACGUGUCCACCGUCAACAUUCACGAUAAAAUGAAAACAAAACAAAAAAAAGUGAAAAAAAAACUAAACCUAGCACAUAAAAUUUAAUGAAAUAGUUGCUGCUUUUUGCUACGGUUGCCGACGGAUACCAACUGUAGACCACUAGAACAUUUCAAUUUGUCAUUCUUCCAUGUUGGACAGUGUUUCUUCCUCGUGCUGUAAGAAAAAAAAAAAAAAAACAUCUACAUGAGUUUAAACAACUUGAAUUCAGAAUUUGAACUUAGUGGUUUCAACAUGUUGAGAUUUUU